AUUCUGUGGUUGAGACUCUCUGGUUGCAAGUUGCAAGCAAUAACCUAACAAAAAUAAACCAAUUUUUCAGAAGAAAAACUGAAAAAUAAACAAAUAUGAAUAUACCCAGCAAACGAUUACUGAAAAAAAUUUUAUGCCAAAAUCUUCAAUUCAUUAGCAGAAGAUCUAUCACAUCAGAAGAGCUCGGGAGACAAAAUGAUUUAUUUGUCGCUGAACGAAAGAGACAAAUAGAGAAAGUAGGAAGAAUUGAAAAAAUUGAGGUGGAACAUAUUGGUCCAAAUGAAACUACAGUAUUAGUCAUGAAUAAAAAUUUAUCCACACCUUACGAUUGUGCUAAGCACCUGGGUGAAACAUUUAUGAAAAGAUCUGCAGUCGCUCUUAUUAAUCAGACCACCUUAUGGCAUAUGCAUAAACCAAUACCUGAGUCCUGCAAGCUUGAGUUAUUACACUAUCAUGCUCAACAAGCAAAUUUAGUAAACAAGGUUUAUUGGAGAACAUGCAGUUUUCUUUUAGGAGCUGUAAUUAGUACUGCUUUUAAAGAUGAUGUAGAGGUUCGAUUACAUAGCUUUCCUAGUCCAAAUGUACGGUCUGGAAGCUUCGUUUAUGAUGUUCAACUUUCCUUAGAUAAUUGGGAACCUAAAGCUAAUGAGUUAAAAGUUCUAUCAAUUGAAAUGAUUAAAUUCUGCCAACAAAAUCAUCCGUUACAUUGUCUGGACGUUUCUGUGGAUUUUGCAUUGGAAAUUUUCAAAAAGAACCCUCAUAAAACAAAGCAAAUACCAGAUAUUGCAGCAAAUAAUAGUGGUAAAAUAACCUUGUUUAAAGUUGGUCAGCAUAUAGAUAUUUCAAAAGGUCCAAUGGUAACAAAUACCAGUCAUAUUGGAAGGUUUACUGUUUCUAAUAUUUUCAAGUUAGAUACCGAUAUAGAAGGUGGAGGUAUCUAUAGAUUCCAGGGUGUUUCAUUGCCAAGUUCAUUGGUUCUUGAUCAUUUUUCUUAUGGAAUAUUAGAGGAAAGAGCUAAAGAAAAGAAUCCUGCAAAAAUUCCUGGUUCUCAAGUUAUAGUGAAUGAAGAUGAUAGUUUUGUGAGCAAUAUGGCAGUGUAAAUAAUAUGAAUAUUAUCCCUUAAUUAAU